AUGGAUGUGGUAGGUGAAAAGGAGGCCCUGCAGCAGUUCUUCGAAGCUCAGGGAGCCAGUGACACUCUGGAGAACCCAGUUCUGGAUACGAGUCUGCUGGAGGAGUUCCUGGGCAAUGACUUUGACUUGGGGACCUUGCAACGCCAGCUCCCCGAUACCCCACCCUAUUCGACAUCAGAUACCUGCUCUGCUCCACAGGUCAAAGGUGCCUGCCGCCUGUCCCGGAGACCUGCCGCCCGGACCACUCCAGCUGCUGUUCCCCAUGCCACAGCUGUACCGGGAGCUCACCUGCCCCAGACCUCCUCGGAAGUGAGCGCCUCUGACCUUGUACACAGCAGCUUACACAACUGCUACCCAAACGUCCGGCACCCCGCGCCGCCUCAGGACCAGCCCACGCCUGCUCAUCAGGGGAGAAGUUGUUGUUACCACUCAGAGCCGCUGUGCUACAGCCCCGGAGUCUCAUUGCCACCAACCAAGAAGAGAAAGUAUACAGAGGAGUUCGAAGCCUCGAAAGACUCCAUGUGGGCCCAUUGCUGCAGGCCAAUGACAAGUAGGAAUCACAGCCUUGAAGAGAAAGACCAUGACAGUGAGAGACAGAACGUGAUACCUGAAGACCGGUGCUCUCCUCUUCUGAGAUGGCAACCGUACCAGAGUGCCCCAUGGCACAGUUUACUAAAUGCAAAUUAUGAAAAAUUACCUGAUGUAGGCUAUCAAGUUGUCACAGACAAAGGAUUUACUUUUUCACCAGCAGAUGAAGCUUUUGUUUGCCAAAAGAAGAACCAUUUUCAGAUAACCAUCCAUAUCCAAGUUUGGGGAAAUCCAAAAUUUGUCAAAACUCAAGGGGGCUUAAAACCAAUAGAAAUAUUUUACUUGAAAGCCUUUGGGGUUAAGUUAGAAGCCAGUAAUCAAAUAAUUGCUAUCGAACAGUCCCAAGCAGACAGAAGCAAAAAGAUUUUCAAUCCGGUUAGAAUUGACCUGCGGGCGGACCAGGUCACCAAAGUAACGCUGGGCCGGUUACACUUCAGUGAGACCACAGCAAAUAACAUGAGAAAGAAGGGAAGACCAAAUCCUGACCAGAGAUACUUCAUGUUGGUGGUUGGAUUGUAUGCUGCGAGCCAGGACCAGUUCUAUUUGUUAUCUGCCCACAUCUCUGAACGGAUCAUUGUAAGGGCCUCUAACCCUGGGCAGUUUGAAAAUGACAGUGAUGCAUUAUGGCAGCGAGGACACGUUCCAGAAUCUGUUGUCUGUCAUGGUCGAGUGGGAAUAAACACAGAUGCACCGGAUGAAGCCCUGGUUGUCUGUGGCAAUGUGAAAGUGAUGGGGAGCGUCAUGCAGCCCUCUGACAGCCGAGCAAAGCAGAAUGUCCAAGAGGUUGACACAAAUGAACAGCUGAGAAGAAUAGCACAAAUGAGGAUUGUUGAAUAUGACUACAAGCCUGAAUUUGCAUCUGCAAUGGGAAUAAACACGGCCCAUCAAACAGGAAUGAUUGCCCAGGAGGUGCGAGAGAUCCUGCCCAGAGCCAUAAGAGAGGUUGGCGAUGUCACCUGUGAAAACGGAGAGACGCUGGAGAACUUCCUCAUGGUCGAUAAGGACCAGAUCUUUAUGGAGAAUGUAGGUGCAGUGAAGCAGCUCUGCAAACUAACCAACAACCUUGAAGAAAGAAUUGAAGAGUUAGAAAUCUGGAGCAGAAAGCUGGCCAGGCUAAAGCGGCUGAGUAGUAGCAGGUCCUCAGCCAGUGGAAGCUCCCUCAGCAAAUUUAGCAGAACUCUUAGUGCAUCUUCAACAGGAAGGACCAUUCCCAAGAAAUCCAACAAGGUUUAUUUUGCAGGAAAAAAGCAGUCGUGUCCUAACUGGAUUUUCCAGACUUUGGUUAUUACCCUAAUUGCUGUGAUGGCAUUUUGCUUAAAAGACCAAGACCGACGUGCCCCAAAUCUACCUUCAAGCAAUAUCACAAGCUCUCCAGAGCCAACUGCGCGGCCCACAGCCUCCCCCUCAGCACCUACUGUGGCCCUGACAGCCACACAACCCUCCUUCCAAGUACCAGAAAUCACUUUCUGUGAGAUCCUGCCAUGUCAGAAGACUUACUGCUGUUCUGUCUGGGAAACAAGAAGCGUCCUCUCAAGUCCUGUGCAAAUUCGUGAGCAAAAACAGUCCAGAGAGAAGGAAAUCCAUCAGGGACCUAUGUCUGAUAGAAACACAUCGUUCCUGGCAAGAGAUGUGCUAAGCAGUCCUGACUGGGCGAGUGACUGGAUUGAUACAAGCAUUAGUUCGAUUCGGAUUAUGGAAAUCCAGCAAGUCAUAGAUCAUCGGUAUUGCAGUAGAAGCCUCCAGUGCGGGUCUGGAAAUUACAAUUACAAUAUUCCUGUCAAUAAGCAUACACCCACCAAUGUCAAAUUCUCUCUGGAAAUCAACACAACAGAGCCAUUGAUAGUCUUCCAGUGCAAAUUCAGCCUCGGAAAUAUAUGUUUCCAUAAUAAAAGGGGGGCCAGAGUGAUGCAGAGCCAUGAAGAAGUGUCCCAGGAGAUGACGCAGGGGUACCAGCACAUUUGGAGCCUGGCUGUCGCCCCAUUCUUCGAUAGUGCAUAUCAUUUCCGUGUAGCUGCACCGGAUUUAGCUGACUGUUCAACCGACCCUUAUUUUGCCGGGAUAUUCUUUACGGAUUAUUUCUUUUACUUCUACCGACGCUGCACCUAAUUUAUUCACAUUUGGUUGAGGACUUUACCCAAGAAAAGUACUCAGAAAUAUAGUUAACAGGAAUGUAUUACUUCUUGCAACUUC